AUGCCUGGCAUUGCAGUCAGACAUCAUUCUAUUCAUAUUCCAACAGGUCAAGCUGAAGCUGAGGCUGACAAUGAGGAUGAUACCAAGGCCAAUAUUCCAACUAGGGAUGACGAUAUCGGGAUGCAAUUAGAGGAAGAAGACUCACAAUCAGAAGAGCUAAAUGAUUCUGCCUACCAAGAUCCAGACUCAGAAUGGGAGAGUGAUGAUGAGGGGUCGGACGGGUCAGAGAGUUAUGAUAACAGUCAAGAAUUUGUCGAUAUAGAUACAGAUACUCUGCGUGCUGAGGGUUAUGCACACUUGUAG